CCCAAGAUCUUAAACAUGAAAAAGGUAUUACAUAUUUAUGAUACUAUGGCUAAUUUGGCUUUUGAGAAUGGUGAAUACUCAAAAGCACAAGGGCUCUUUGUUGAAGUCUUACGAAGAUUAAUAGGCAGUGGCCUCUCUCAAGAUGAUAUGAUAGUUGUUAAUAUUAGCCUCAAAAUUGCAGAUACUUUUGUAGCUCUUUCAGAUUAUGAGAAAGGGGAACAGGGGUUCUUGUUUUGUAUAGACACUUUAACAAAGAAAAUAUCUGAGGGCGCUUCUGAUGAAGACACAUCAAUGCUCCUCGCUCAGAGUUUAGAUCGUUACAGUUUGUAUCUUCUACAUGCAAGACGUCCCAAAGAAGCUGCCAAACACAUAGAAAAGGCAGUAGAAAUAGCAGAGUCUAUUCUAGGCAGUUUAGACAACAAAAUUGGGGCAAUUCUUUUAUCAGAUAUGGGAGUUAUAAAGACAGCAGCUGGUGAAAGUGAAGUAGCUAAUCAGUGCUUCGAGAAAGCUCUCCAAAUUGCUAACAGGGAUGAGGUAGACACCAGUGUUGCUGUGAUAAUGGUAAAUCGAGGUAUAGCACUAAGGGAUAACGGCAUCCAUGAAGAGGCCAAGCAUUGGUGUGAAUUGGGACUCCAAAAUGCUUUAAAGGAAAAUAAUAAAUCAAUUUUGAAAGCUGCCCAGGAAUGCCUCAAAGACAAUAAGAAUGAAAAACCUAGAAACUAUAAAAAAGUCUAAUUCUAUGUGCAUUCCAAGGAAAACCAUUUCUAUUCAACGAAGAUUUAAAAUUAAAUCAAUCCAAUAGGAUGCCUUGUUAAGUGACUAGGAGACCUCAUAAACGUGUAUUUAAUUGAAAUAAAAUAUUUACUUUUAA